AGAGUUGGUUGGCUAACUAAAUUGUCGAGUUAGCUUGACCAUGAGCUCAAAAUGAGCAACUCGCGAUUCAGCUCAACUAGUCUCCAAAUCAAAGCAGCUCGCGAAGCUUAGCUCAAAAUCACUUCAUUACUAGACGAGCUGGAUUUCGAACAAAAUUUAUUCGAAUUGAAUAUCGAACCACUCGAAAACAUGAACAGCUCGGCUCAUUUGCAAUCAUUGUACAAAACUAACAAAUUAUUAGGAAAUAUAAUUUGAUCAGCAAAUGCCGUUUAGAGGAGGAGCAUCAUCAAAUAAUAGAAAGUUAGGAAGUUCAGAUUAAUUAGGCUUUGGAACCAAAAAUGGAUUAAACUAAAGCAAAGCUACUGUGCGCUCAAACCCCCGCCUUUACUCUCCCAAAAAAUGACGUCCCCACUUCAACUCAACUCUCUCGGCCGUCUAUCUACCUCCCUCUCGCUUUCUGCUCUCUUCCUUCCUUCCUUCCUUCAUCCCACUUCUCGAGCUCUCCAUUUCUCUGCAUCGGCACUCCAAAAUGUCUGCGUGUUUCCUGCACCGCCCGCUCCGAUGCAGACCCAGACCGCAGCUUUCAGCUGGGUACCUCAUCUUUUCUCUGCUCAUCUCCUCGGUGCUAAUUGCUCGCCCAGCGGUUUUGGACCCAUGUUCUCCUUCCGCCAGCUGUGGGCAAGGGCUUUAUUGUGGCAACUGCCCUGCUUUGGGCAAGAAUCAGCCCGUCUGCACCAGAGGCCAAGCUACCGUGCCCACAUCCAUCAUUGGCGGAUUACCCUUUAACAAGUAUACGUGGUUAGUCACUCAUAAUUCUUUCAGCAUCGUCGAUUCGCCGCCUUUGCCUGGAGUUCAGAGGUUGACGUUUUACAAUCAGGAGGAUUCUGUUACUAAUCAGCUCUUGAAUGGUGUAAGGGGACUGAUGCUGGACAUGUACGAGUUCAAUGGCGAUAUCUGGCUUUGUCAUUCAUUCCGAGGGCAAUGUUACAACUUCACAGCCUUCCAACCUGCAAUCAACACUUUAAAAGAAGUAGAAGCAUUCUUGAGUCAAAACCCAUCUGAAAUCAUCACCAUUAUAAUCGAGGACUACGUGCAUACUCCAAAAGGGUUGAGCAAUCUCUUUGCUCGUGCUGGUUUGGAUAAGUAUUGGUUCCCCGUUUCCAAGAUGCCGAGGAAGGGUGAUGAUUGGCCUACUGUCAACGAAAUGGUGCAACAGAAUUUGCGUCUCCUGGUUUUCACUUCUGUUGCUUCAAAGGAAGCAGAGGAAGGAGUUGCUUAUCAGUGGAAGUAUAUGGUGGAAAACGAGUCUGGAGAUCCUGGAGUAAAGCCAGGCUCAUGUCCAAACAGGAAAGAAUCUAAGCCAUUGAACUCGAAGAGUGCAUCUCUUUUCCUAAUGAAUUACUUCCCCACUUAUCCAGUUGAGAGCGAUGCUUGCAAAGAACAUUCAGCUCCUCUUGCUCAGAUGAUUGGAACUUGCUACAAAUCAGCUGGCAAUCUUAUGCCGAAUUUCUUGGCUGUCAAUUUUUAUAUGCGGAGUGAUGGUCCUGGUGUGUUUGAUGAUCUGGAUCGAAUGAAUGGCCCGACAUUGUGUGGUUGUAGUACUCUUGCCGCAUGCCAGGCUGGAGCACCUUUCGGGUCAUGCAGAAAUAUUACUACACCUAGUACAAGUCCUGUAACGAAUACUGCAGGAAGCAUGUCGUCAAGCCCAGUAGGAGGAGCUGGAACCUUUUCAGGCUCUGUUCAGUUUAGAUCGGCUUCAACAUCCACUUCUCCAAAUAUAUGGGAUUUCUGCUUGAUAACCAUUCCAUUGAUGGCAUUCCUAUUACAGAAAAAGUAAAUGACUACUCAUGGUAUGAGGUAUAAGAAGCAACCCUCUUCUGGUUAAUGUUGCUCUAAUCUUCUGCUAAAUGCCACUCAUGGUAUUUUGGCAUUACCUGGUGCAGAACUCGUGAUCACACGUGUGAUGUUUCCUUUUCCUUGUCGAGAAGCCCAAGCACUUCCUAGAGAGGAGCUAUGUAAUGGCGAUGCUGAGAACCUUUGGUAUAAGUAGUGACUUCUACAAAAUCAGAGAUAGAUAGUAGUCAAAGUAGAACCAUUGAACAUGUCAAGUAGAGGUUCCGGUAAGCACUAAGCAGCUUAGUUUCAUUACAGUAUUUUACUUGGAUCUUUUUGUACAUACUCAAUGCCUUCUGCCAAACACCAUUGCCUUUUGUUUCUGAUCAACACCCACUUCAACUGCUAGAUGACAUGAUGCAUUUCUACUCUGAUAAUCUUCGUUGUAUAACUCUGCAAGACUUACCACUAAGAUCUUCCCUACCCUAAGUGUGGCUAAUCCUCUUUAUUUCAAUGUUUGUCCACAGGUUCUCUGUUGGCCUUUUAGCCCCUUCGGUUUAGUUUGGUGCAGGCAGGGAUUGAAGUAGCAAAAUAUGCAGAGGUGCAUAUCCCUUAUUUAUUAUCAUGCCUAGGGUUUACUUUGUAAUUCUAUUCAAACACUCUAUAAUAUAGGUGUUUUGCUUUGCUUUGCUUUGCUUUCCACUACCACGCUCCGCACUAUGUAUUACUCAAUUCUACCUUGCUGAAUGCUUGUAAUAGACCAUUUAGGUUACUGUAAUGGAAUCCUUAUAUAGACCUGAAUUUUCAGAAUCCACCUAGCGCUUUGAAUACCCGCUGAGAUGAUGAACAAUGUCCUGGUAACAUUAAUAUAGGGUUUCUUACAGA